GAGACGCUAAUCAAUUGUAUUUCGUUCGACGUUUGCUUCGGCUAUGCUAUGGCCAGCGCGCCCCGCGUUCAACUCUCGCACCACCAAAAAUCGUAAUGAAUCUCGGGCAAAUCCUUCAUCAGUAGAUAAAUAUGGUUAUAUUCGGACGAACGGCUCGUCGUUUAUCGUGGCUGCUGAUGUUUUGCGGUCAAGUUGAAUGCGUUGCGUUCGAAUAGUUGUCCAUCACAAAGUUGUCAAUUUAAAAUUGCAAAUUUAGUUACGAUUUGCCAGCCACAGUGAGCGUUUCGAUCGAUUGCGCGACACAGGAGUCCCAAGAACUCUCGGCUACGGAACAACAGAACAGCGGAAAUGUUUAUUCAAACAAUAAUUGGCCUCGUGACCUGGCUGACGCUUUGCACGGCGUUUGAGGAGCACCCUCAUUUCUGCAUAGAGACGCAGCCCUUGCUGCUCGCGGAUAUUGAUCGCCAUGUGGUCAUCCCCACUGAAAAGGAUCUGAAAUGCCAAAUUACGGCCACAACGUUGACGUCCAAAGAAAAGGAGAGCUUCAUCGAUACCAUGUGCACGGACCACGGCUCCACGACAGUGAAGAGGGACAAUCAUCACUUCUUCAAGCUGCACAAUGGCGAGCUGAGCGGCCGUGGCUCCCAGUCGGAAAUAUGCAGCAAUGAUGGCAGCUCCGUUCUCGCCUGGGUGCCCUACCCCAUGAUACUCAAAUUCUAUGCCCCCGAAUUGAAUCCCAAGGAGCGGCUCACGUACAUUGCCAAGGCUACGAAUGUGGAGAGGGAGAAGACGGAGCUGUGCCACUUCCGGCACACGGAUCUGGUCAACGCCGUCUCCGAUAAUCUCUUCACCUGUGUGGUCAUGAUAUUCGGCGAUAACUUUUAUGGCCUGGAGGACAACAUAAACGUGCUGGUUGAGCUGGAGCCUCUGAUGUACCAAUUGCGGAACAUUACCUACAUGCCCUGGCGCAAUAUCACCAACAGCUACAAGAUGCAUCUGGGCGACAGCGUGCUGAGGAAUCCCAGCGGCGAGCGCAAGCCCAUCUAUGGCAGCAUCAACUAUGCGUUUGUGGAGAAGAUCCACCUGAACACGAGCAGCAUUUACCAGGAUGAGCACCUCACGAAGCUUCCCCUGUUGUUCGAGCAUCGUGGUUCCGUCCUGGAACUUGAUGCUGACGGUGUGGGCGGCCUGGACGUAGACCAGAAGGCAUACUUCGGCCGCAGCAUGGAUCCUAGGACCGAAGUGAAGGUGCAGGUGAUUGGUCAGUGGGUGGAUCAGCACCGAGAGUUCAGUGCGGACAUCUACGAGUACUAUGGAAACGGCUUGCGGCGCUACAGGCAGCCAAUAGGCGGAGCCAGGCUUACCUUCGUCAGAAUAGACAGCACAGAGCCGGCCUUUGAGGCUCCCGAGUCCAACAAUCUCGUGAAGGCUUCGAUAUUCCGGGAGCAGCAUCUGUCGAGACUCAGUCUGAAUGGAUCUGGAACCAAUUUCACCGAAUGGGAGAACGCAACAGAGGACGAGGAUGAGCCGGGCUUCUACAGCUGGUUUGUGGUCACCUGCCUUCUGGUUGCCGUGGCUGGGAUCGUCGGCGUGUACGCCAUCGUCCGCACCCAAAGCAGAAAGAACAAAAAGAGGCAGAAGUACGAUGUGGCCAACACAAGCCCGCCACCAGCCUGAAUUAAUUAAUAUUGAUAUAAGCACCCCAUUCACAGGUUUUUCUAAAAUUAUUUUUCAAUGUCACUUGUCAGUUGCCAAAUUGUAUUUUUUACUUCAUUUAAGUACUAAUUUUUCUCAAUUAUUAGGUGCUGCCAUGGCACGUGAACGUCCUUAAGAUGGUAAAUAUUAAAUUAAGCCCGCAAUAGAAAAAUAUGGUAAGAGCUUCAUCAAUCAAUGUCUAUGACAGGAACAUAAUAUAUUG